GUGUGGAGGUGAGGGGUCAGAGCUUUAUGGCGGAGCGAGUGGGGGUCGGGACCUGCGCUCCGUGGAAUUUGGGUGUCACCAUGGUAAUCACAAAGGAGCGCUUCUGUUGGACAAAGACGGGCCUGUCCACGCCGCCCGGGAGAUCCUGACACAACCCCAGCUGGAACAGGCGGCACAUUUAUCUGGGCCGGUGUCCAGCGCACCUUCUCUGUCCUGGGAGGAAAAGCCACAGUUGUUCAACAAGGAGGAGUUUCUUCCUCUGGACCCGACCCAGGAGCUGAUCUUCCCUCCUGAACUGAUCCUGAUGUCAGAGAGCGCGAGCCCACAGAGCCUCACCUUCCAGGGGGAGAGGAUGCGUUGGGUGUCCCCCUCCUCCCUGCAGGAGCUGCUGCAGCUGAAGACCAGAAACCCUGCAGCUCCUCUGGUGAUGGGGAACACAAACAUAGGUCCAGAUAUAAAGUUUAAAGGCACCGUGCACCCGCUGAUAAUCUCUCCGACGAGAGUGAUGGAGCUGUUUGAGGUCACUCAGACUCCACAAGGUGUUUGGGUAGGGGCGGGCUGCAGUCUCUCUGAGCUUCAGUCUCUUCUUGAGAAGCUGCUGCUUCAGAGUCCGCUGGAGAAAACUGAGCUGUUCAGAGCUCUGAUCCAACAGCUGGGGAACCUGGGAAGCCAGCAGAUCCGUAACGUUGCUUCUCUUGGAGGCAACAUCAUGAGCGCGUUCCCAAACUCAGACCUGAACCCUGUUUUAGCUGCUGGGAGCUGCAGAGUGAGCGUCAUUUCUAACGGAGGAAGACGAGAGGUUCCUCUGGAUCAAAACUUCUUCGUGAGCUUCGGGAAAACCAUCCUGAAGCCAGAAGAGAUUCUGCUUUCUGUCUUUAUUCCCUUCUCCAGGAAGGGGGAGUUUGUCCGAGCUUUCCGACAGGCUCCGAGGAAGGAGAGCAGCUUCUCCACGGUGACCACCGGGAUGAGGGUGUUCUUCUCCGAGGGGUCCCGGGUGGUGCAGGAUGUCAGUAUUUACUACGGUGGGAUGGGACCCACCACUGUUAGCGCCUCCAAAACCUGCCAGGCUAUCACCUCAAGGCGUUGGGACGAGGAGACCCUGAGCCGGGCGUAUGACAUCCUCCUGGAGGAGUUGGUGCUCCCUCCUUCGGCUCCUGGAGGAAAAGUGGAGUUUCGUCGCUCUCUGACUCUCAGCUUCCUCUUCAAGUUCAACCUGGAGGUCCUGCAGAGACUCAGAGACAUGAAUGUGAUUACAGAUGAGGUUCCUGAGAAAAUGCAGCCUCUCCCCAAAGAGAUCCAACCCAGCCUGCAGGAGUUCCAGCAUGUGUCAAAGAGCCAGAGCGAGCAGGACCCUGUGGGGCGUCCCAUGAUGCAUCGCUCCGCCCUCAGCCAGGCCACAGGAGAGGCGGUUUACUGCGACGACAUCCCGACGACAGACGGGGAGCUGUUCCUCGCUCUGGUCACCAGCUCUCGAGCCAAGGCUAGAAUCACAGGGCUGGAUGUGAGCGAGGCUCUGCAGCUUCCUGGUGUUGUGGAUGUCAUCACAGUCAAAGACAUUCCUGGGAAGAAAGUCCGUGAAAUGUGCGGGUAUGAAGAGGAGCUGCUUGCUGAGAGCGAGGUGUCGUGCGUGGGACAGAUGUUGUGUGCGGUGCUCGCUGAUACGAGAGCUCACGCCAGAAGAGGAGCAGCGGCGGUGAAGGUCGGGUACGAAGACCUGCCGGAGCCCAUCUUCACCACAGAGGGGGUUCAGACCGGUCCCGCCCUCUCCUGA